AUGUCGGUGGUCGACAUAAGUCGGAUUGACUCGUUAUCUAGUAUAUAACUGUGCGGUAGAUGAUAUAUUUAUAACAUUGUCUCAAGUACCCAAGUACCACAAUAGCUGAUAUGUGUGCAUGGAGUUGUUGUUAAUGCGUUUUUGCAGUGGAGCUUCUAAAUAUUGUCCCAUUAAGAAAUGUCACAUGAAAAUUGCAUUUCAAAAAUGUUACAUGAAAAUUACAGAAAUUUUAUACAUAACAACAAUUUUGACACUUCAUUUUAGCUUCGAAAUGACCAUAACCUUGAUGAGUUUUUGAAAAGUGUUUUUCCAGAAAAGGUAAGUGCUAUGAAUAUACGUAAGUGAAAAUUUUAUUUGUACUACCAGCAGGUGAAAUUGUAUCUAGGGACGUCGCGAAGACAUCAACAUUGGGGGGCUGUCGUCUUGUUUUGACCAACUUUUCCAAUACAAUUUUGACCAAAUCCUAAAAAAUCCAAAAAAAAUUUUGUUGACAGGGGGGGAGGUUGCUCAAAAACAUUUUUCCGGACCAACUAAGUAAAGCUGGAAUUUUUUUCCGGACUAACAUUAACAAAGCUGGAAAAUUUUUUCCGGACGAACAUAACCAAAUAUUAUAAAUUGUUUACUAACGAUUUCAUAACUUCCAAAUUUUACUAACUUUGUUCUCAAACUCUGACAAACUUUUGCCAUGUAAUUGUUUGACCUGCAACUUUGACCAAGUUUAACAAAAUAUUUUCCAUUUUGACCAACUAUUUGAAUUAUUGGGGGGGGGGGUGCUACCACCCCCCUGUAGCGACGUCCCUGUGUAUCCUGUAUGAUAUUUUCUGUGUUGGUGUUGUGUACUCAGGUGAAUAUGAUUGUUUGUGAUGUUACUCUGAGUGUAUAUCCACACCGGGCAAGCUUGAAAAAUAUGCCUGUCCACGCGGUGAUUACUAGAUUGAAAGAUUGAAAAUAUGCCUGUCAAUCAUGAUUACUAGAUUGCAUUGAUAUUGAAGGAACUAGACUCCGAAAUAUCACAUACUCAAACCGACCUGACCGCGUAGCUCAGUUGGCAGAGCAUUGGGCUAGUAUUCCAAAGGUUGUAGGUUCGAUUCCCACCGUGGUCAGGCAUAUUUUUCAAGCUUGCCCGGUGUGGAUAUACACUCAGAGUAACAUCACAAUCAAUCAAUUUCUAACCUGGGACUCCAAACAGUUUAACCGUAAAUAAUAUACACUAUGAAAGAUUGAAACUUUUCGACGUUCAUGUUGAGCGAAAAGCGGAAGACGUAUUCUCUACUAUACCUUUGAACGUACAUUUCGAAUUCUUUCCUGGAUGACGAAGUUCGUGCUUGAAACGUCGAAUUUCCAGGUAGAUCAUAGGUGGUCAAGUCAAAGAUAGUAAGAGUAAAAACAUGAAUAAUGAAUCAUUUACAUUGUGUCUAGGUUAUUUCAGUUCACGUAUUUAAAGCUGUGCCAAGUUGGACUGAUUUAAGUGAAGCUCACGAUGAUAUGGUUCGGAAAUAUGAACAUGCUGAGGUAAACUGCUAGUGUAAUGAUUGCCAGGCCAUAUUUCAUAAAUUAAUUUUUUAAUGACACAAUUAUUAUUUGAACUCUGAUCAUUAUUUUAUUUCUUAUAGGCUUUGUUUCAGCAAAACGGAAAAAGACCAUGUCACAAAAAGUUCAUUAUCAUUGGCACCAAAUAUGAUUCAAUUACAUUUUACGAAGACAGAUUAAAGGUAAAACGUACGAUAACACUGUAAGUUAUACUCAAUGCAAAUAGAUAUGGUGGAUAUAUGCGCCAUGUACACACGUAAAAACACACAAGUUGUUACAGAGCUGCAAACAAGUUGUUCCAAAUCUGUUCACAAGCUGUCGACAACUUGUGUUCGCACUGCUUGUUCCCAGUUGUUGUAACAAGUUUGGAAUAUACAGUUAUGAUAUAGCAAGAAUGUCACAAGGUUGACAAUACAAGGUUGUAACAAUAUUGUUAUAUCAUGACUGACUUGUUAGAACAAUCUUGCAACAAAUCUGAUAAUGCCAUCAAGCUUGUUACAAGUUGUUAAGAGUUUGUUCCAAACUUGUUGACAACUUUGAACAGACAGUGCGAACACAACUUGUUGACAGCUUGUCGGCAGACUUGCUACAAGAUUUGAGAUUUUUACGUGUGUAGAGGAACGUUACCAAUAUUAUUACUAUUCUACGCCAAUAUACUAUUCUCGUAAACUGUCAUCAUGUAUGGUACCAAAACCUAAACUGCAUAUGAGAGGGUUUUAUUUUUAUUUCGAUAAAUUUCUUUUUUCUUGAUGGGGAAAAUAUACACGCUGAAAAGAAAUUAAUUUCAUUAAACUAAUUCAGAUCAUUCAUGUUCCACCGAGAAAGCGGACACAAACCGCUGGUCCCAAUAACAUUAUUUUUACAACCCCCUAUUAAGCAGGCACUUAUUAUAAAUAAUAGCAUGGCAUUCAGGGCGAUUAUAUAGUGAUUAAAUGUACCCGAAAGGCGAGACAGGUUUAGUAAAAGUCCCCAGGCGCGUCGCGCCGAGGGUCUUUUACUAAACCUCUCGAGGCUUGAGGGACAUUUCAUCACUAAUCGACCGUAAUGCCAUGCUAUUACGUUGUAAUACCAUAGUUGCCGAGGGAAUCCGCGCGUGGUGUGUUGCCGUUUUGAAUGCUGUUUGAUUGUCUCAUGAUUGUGGUACGAACACUUUUCAUAUAUACGCACGCGCAGAAACAUAUCUCCGUGUCCAUUGGCGUUUUAGGCAUGCGCAUAAACAUAAUUUUCUCCCACAAUUGUAAUGUUCAAGAUUAGUGUGAUUGUUCGAAUGUGUACGGGACGAUGUCGUCAGAUACUGUCCAUAGUUGUGCCGAUGAUUUUCGAUGAGGUACAGCUCUCCAAUCAGAGGUAAUGAGGUGGUACGCUUUUGUCUUCUAAAUUUCCCUCAUCAAGCAUGCAGGGGAAAAUUAGAACUAAUUUUACCACGGGAAAAAUUAGUUCUAAUUUUACUCCAUGUUUUAGUAAUGAGGUAAAUUAGUGAUUAAUCGUACCUCGCGAGACAAAGGAUUUCGAGGCAACUAUGGUAUUACUUUAUAUAAUUAAGCAGACCAUAUAUCCAAACCAAACUUUAUAUAAUUAAGCAUGCAGACCAUAUAUCCAAGAAAUAUCCAAUUCCCAGGAUAACGUUUAUUUUGGUAACAGGAAACACAGCGAGAUUCGGGAUUUCAGGAAGGCGUGGGAUGAGAGAAAUUUAUGCAUGCAUGUAAACGUGCGGAGAGCAAUAAAACAUGAGAUUAAGGAUUUAUAUAUGAUCACCAUUGUGAAUCUAUAAAUCUUCAAUAUAAAGUACGAAGCUGUUGAAAUAUUACUGGAAAAAAGUAUUCGUAACUUUUAUCCCCUUUUAGCAUUUUCAUGAUGAAAUGACAUCUGAACAAAACCAAUCUCAUCCCUAUCUUCCAACGGCCAUAGUAACAUUCAAAUCACUUCAAGAUGCCGCCAUUGGCUUACAAACCAGUUGGAAUAAUUCUCCUAUAACAUCAUUUGUAUCUCGGGCUCCAGCUUCAACAGAUAUCAUCUGGGAAAAUAUUGGUUUAGCUAAACAUUACAGGUAUGUAAGCGGCAUUCCUGCUGUAUGUACGUAUACAUUGGAACGUGGGGGUGGAUAAAAAUCCGCAAUAAGAAACCAUAGGUUGUGUUUGAACUGUCUGAAGAAAUAUUUUAAUUAAAACCGUUUGAAGUUCUUGGACUGAAGACAUUGUUAAGAGGCCUUUCAUUCUUUUCGUGCAGGCUUUAGACAGAACCCACGACAAUGUAACUAUAUUAUAUUACACUUGAAUAUACCAGCAUAUACGUAUAUACCAUUUUUACGUAUACGUAUGGUAUAUAUGGGCUACCUGCAUGCAUGAGAUUGUGCCCCAUCCACUGGCUCUGCAUGAUGUUCCUGGCACUUUAAUGCAAGAGCACCUGGUAAGGCUGACCAGUUAAAAGAUUUAAGUGCUGAUAUGUACAUGUAUCAUGUGCACUGUGAAAAGGGACUGGCUAUUGUUUAUUGCAAUUUAUUUUAGGACAAUUCGUUACGUCAUCGUUUCCAUUUGUUUAUUCCUUCUCGUAUUCUUUUGGACUAUUCCUGUUGUUCUCGUUUCAUCAAUGAUCUCACUACAGGCAUUGCAAAAACAGUUUUCCUUUUUUGAAGGAGGUAACUAUACUCAGUUUCUGUAUAAAUAUUAUAUAGGUAUUUUAUAAUUAAUCAAGUAUAUGUCUUUCAAAUUUCAAUCAGAUCAACAAUACCAAUUACCAAUGUACACUUAUUAAACCAACUACGCCAUGCAUUCAUGUUAAUUGUGUGGUUGGUGCAUGGACAGGCAAAUCAUUUUAAAUGCUAGAAACUCGUUAUAAAUAGAUACUCGUUAUAUUAUAGAUAGAUAAUCGAUAGAUAAUUUGUUUGAUUUGUUAAUUUUGUUUGAUUAACAACAUGCAUUCCCUAGUUAUAUGAUUGAAAAUUUACAUACAUGAACAACGACGUGUUUCACAUACUCAUUUUACAUUAAAAUAAAGGUUCAUGUUUGAAAAUUCAUUUCAAUUUUCCGUGCACAAUUUCCCAAUGUUUAAUUUUUUUUUAGUAAACAAUCUUCCAGAUGCUGUCAAAGGAUUUAUUCAAGGGUUCCUGGCAACGAUUGUUUUGGAGAUUUUCUUUGUUGUUCUUCCAGCUGUGAGUCCGCGGUUUUAAAUUAUAUAUAUAUAUAUAUAUAUAUAUAUAUAUAUAUAUAUAUAUAUAUAUAUAUAUAUAUAUAUAUAUAUAUAUAUAUAUAUAUAUAUACAUAUAUUAUGGCUGACAUGAUUUGCCACAAGGUUUAUGAAUUAUUAAUGAGUAUUUUAAAUAUAUAUAUAUAUAUAUAUAUAUAUAUAUAUAUAUAUAUAUAUAUAUAUAUAUAUAUAUAUAUAUAUAUAUAUAUAUAUAUAUAUAUAUAUAUAUAUAUAUAUAUAUAUAUAUAUAUAUAUAUAUAUAUAGGCGAAUGUCAAUAAGUAUAUUGAGUGUCGAAUCAUGCGAAUAGAGUGCUCGAUACGAAAGUAGAGCAAAUAAAAGACAAACUUGAGUUACUUCGUUUAAAACAUUUAUUCACGACAAAUUUGUUUCGUAUGGCAAACUAUAAGCUUGCCACACUCAUCAGGUGAAUGAUAAUCAUUAUCAUGGUCAAAAUCACAUUCUUCCACCGUUGGGAAUUGCAUGGAAAACGAAACAUAGACAAUUCCCAAGAGGGAAUUGAAAUUGAAUGAAAAUAAUCUAAGACUAAAAUGAGCUCAAUUGGUCAACUCGUCAUUCUUCGUCUUAGUGAGAGAAUUUAAUGAAACAUGGUUCAAUUAACCACUGAACAGAGAACAUUCGUAAUAAAAAAUUUUCAGUACGAAACAAAUAGCUUGCAGCAGACUCGCGUCACUUUUGGAUUGAUUAACUUUGCAUAACAGUUAAUAUGUAUUUUCAAUUCCCAACGGUUGAAGAAUGUGAUUUCGACCGGCAAUUUUUAUUUGACGAGUAUGUGGCCAUUUCUCAUCGUUACGAUUUUAAAAAGGUAUCAUUGAAAAGCUAAAUAACUGUUUAUUCGUCCUAUGUAAAAAUUGAAUUGUAAUUUAGCAAAGUUGAUGAUGCACGACAGCCUGAAAAAAUCAUAUACAAAUUUGCUGGAUUAAUAGCUGGCACCAGUUUUAGUACCGAUAGAUUUUAAAUUGUAAUAAGAAUUAUAGGUAAGGGAGAAAGGUUAUCACAGAUAUCUUGACUAACUUAUUAUCAUCAUUAACAGCUGAUGGCAUUAUUUGCCCGUGUUGAAGGAAUCAGAUCUCGAAGUGGUGUUGCUGUGUCCUGCAUUGGAAAACUUUUUAUAUUCCAAGUAUAAAGCUUCUUUGUUUGAAUGUUUCUCGUACUCUGUUAUAUUUAUAAAGAUUCGUACUUUUUCUGAGUACAAGUUUGCAUAUACAGAAAUGAUAUCAUAAAGAUGUCGAUUUUGAAGCUUUUUAUAAUCAGUAAUAAUUAAAAGUCCAGCUCUUUUUUAAAAAUUCUUCAACAGCACUUUUUACUUCCGUGUUUCUUUCAGCUUGUAAAUAAAUUCCUUGGUGUAUUAUUUGGCGGUGCACUGCUGACCAGACUCCAUGAUAUUAUUGAUUAUCCAACACGAACUCCUCAAUUCCUUGCGGAGUCGAUGCCGAGUAUGGCUAAUUUCUUCAUCAACAUUAUAAUGCUUCGAACCUUAACUGGGUUUCCAAUGGAAAUUCUUCAUUUGGUUCGUUUACUAUUGGUCACUGUUACACGGAAGUGGUAAGUUCUGCUAUGUGCACUUUAGGGGACAAUUUUUUGCUGUUAACCAUUUCUUAACUAUACGCUAUCUGGCCAUACGAUUUUGGGCAUCUAUACACUCGACAUAACUAAUUGUAGUCAUUGUAAAAGGGAUCUGUAGAUGGAAAUAUCGAGUGUGAAUUUUAUAUAUUAGACUUCCCCCUGGCAGCCAGCCGGCAAAACGACGUUUAUUCAACCUGGACGUUGAUUAACGUAGAAAAUGAUCUCCCAGACGUUGGAUAGACGUUGAUAUAUUUAAAGGAUUGAAAAUGCAAAUUGGAUCGACGUUACUCUUUUGACGUUAAUUAAACAACGUUGAGAUUAGGUUGCCAAUCUCGUCAACAUUCAACGUUGAAUCCAUGUUGAAAUUACUUCACAAGUUGACGUCAUAUAAUCAACCAUGAAUGAACGGCGUUGAUUUAACGUCUGUUAGCUGCUGUUGAACCAACAUUUGUAAAACAACAUCAGAGCAACGUUGAUCAGUAUUAGGUUGUCGACGUCACAACCAUUUUUCUAUCAAAUUUCAACGUUGAAACAACGCCGGUGAUAUAGGAAUCAAGCAUGUGGGUCCUGCGGUUAGAGUUCGACAUUAACUGGUAGAUACUUCAUUUAUCAGUUUUUGCAUCGUAAUAAUUAGAGCUCAUUUUGCUGUAUAUAAGUAAUGUUCAUAUCAGGCGGGGGAGGGGAGGAACGGGGGGUUAGAGGUUAGAGGCGGAGUUAGGGUGGGGGUCAGGUAUCAGCCAUGAUCCAUUAACUGGCCUCUGUAGCUCAGUUGGUUAGAGCGCUGUACCGGAAUCGCAGGACCGAAGAUUCCAUUCCUGCCUGCAUGAGGGCCUCAUAAUAUAUACAUUGGCCUGCUCCUGGUUGGAUCUAAUAAAUGUAUAAAAUUUACACUCGAAAUUUCCAUCUACAAAUCCCUUCUAAAUAUCUGGCCUGAUAAAUCUGCCCGAACCCCCUUGAUUUUUCGUAGCAUUUUCCCGAAUUUUCAUGCGUGAUUUUCUAAGGUUUUUGGGAGAGUAUAUGUAGUUGCUCCCCACCCCGGCUUCCUUGUCUCAUAUAUGCCUAUAUGUAUCUGGUAACACUUUAUAAUUUGGCAAAUGUCCCACCAGCUAAAUUCUUAUCAGUCGAUUCUUCUAAUUGUUAUCAUAAAAGAAUCACCUGAAGGUCUCCUAUACCAGGAGCAAAAGCACGUCCUAUGUGCAUGGCUCUUUAUUACACAUGCAACAGUUUGUUUUAAUUUCCAAGUCGUUUACUGUUGUAGUAUCAGCUAAUAGGUCUUGUACUGGUGUAAGUUGAUCAAUUGAUAAAAUUAUUGGAUGUUUAAAAUUAUUUGUUAGGUUUUGCAAGACUGCUCGUGAAAAUAAUGAAGUCUGGGUACCUCCUCCUGUUAGAUAUCCAGGAUUGGUAGGUAGCGAGUAAUCGACGUUUUUGUCAACACGAACGUCCGAUUGCGAAGGGGGACUGGAUAAAACUUUAUAUGUGUCAGUUUAUGGCAAUCUUCAACACAUAUAUACAUGACAAAACAAUACUUUUAAAGAUUUUGCUUUGAGUUCACUUGUUGAUUCUAUAUGCAUGGCGUAAUGGUAUCGAUAUAACGGUAAAGAAGGACACGAUCGCUGAGGCAAAAUACUAGUAUUCCAAAAUUAGUUAUGUAUGGUGGCGUGCCAUAUAAGCAUUUUUCUUUACCUAUUUUUAGGUGAAGUCCGUGUUGACAAAAUAUCGCUUGCUUAAGCUUGCUAUUAAGUGGGAAUGAACUGAAACAUCCCAAGUUUCAACUUCUUUGAAGUUGUUACUGGGGUCUAAAUUAAUGUCACUAUAUGCUGAACAAAUGACGCCAAGAUUGGAAAACAGAAGUUAGGCUAUAGCUAUAUGAGUAAUUUGAAGUCUAAAGAAUUAUGUCUGAAGGAACAAAAUGGAGUAAAUUCACGUAUUCAGACACCAUGAUUCAUAGUUUUAGUCUUGAAAUCGCAUGUGGUUUAUUUAUUGAUUGUCUUCCGUUAUAUAAAAAUCGACAAGGGAAAAUUUCUUUUCUUUUAUAUAGUAUGCAAACAAUCUUUUUGUGUUUAUAAUUGGAAUAGCGUAUUCUGUAUUGUCUCCUCUGGUUUUGGUUUUCGUUGUGAUGUAUUUUGGUUUGGCUUAUGUCGUCCGCUUUUACCGUCUCAUCUACGUCUGUAAAACUUCAUUUAAAGCUGGUGGUAUAAUGUGGCCAAAAGUAUUUAACAGGUGAGAUUGAGACACAAUACAGUGCAAAGUAAUGACAUAAGAAGAGGACAGCAACAAAUUAAGAGAGCUUACUACAAACGAAUAUAUCAUAUCAGGACAAACGCGAAAAAAUACUGAUAUGAGGGAGGCGGAGAAAUGUCAAAAAGUUGAGAAUAUUAUUGUUUUGUGGAUCUGUCUGCAAAAAUGUUAGCCCGCAUGAAAUAACCAUUCUGAACUACUUAAAUUAAAAAUUGUUCCAGAGCAUGCCCGGACCAUGCCAAAAUUUUGAGAGUGCACAGCCCCUUCCACCGGCCUCCGCCCCAGGGUUGCCCCCAACCCUCCCUCCUUUUCUGAUUUUUAGAACAUUGUUUCAUAUGCGCUUUAAUUUUCAAUUUUUAGAAUGAUGAUCGGGAUAUUUGUGUUUCAAAUUCUCAUGAUUGGUGUGUUUGCAUUGAAAGGAAAUGCUCUCGUUUCUUCAUUUUCCAUUCCUCUUCCUGUAUUAACGUUUGUUUUUUACAAAUUUAUACGAAAUAACUUUGAUCGUUCAACUGUCUACCUCAACCUUUCCCUGGCAAAAGAAAUUAAAACGCCUGAAAAUGAGUUUCUAAAGGUACAGUGUGUACAAUAAACAUAUAGGCGUACGGGCCAAUUUUUGCGGUACAAUCAGCCUGACGUUUAAGAGAAACGUUAUAACGUAAAUAAUGUAGAUGAACAAACAAAUGAAGGAAUGUAUGUUACUGUAGUGAAAUAGUGCUUUUUGCUUAAUUAUUAACGUCAUCGACUCACGACGAGAUAUAUACUACCAUGUGUAUGUGUUAUAAUCACAUCAUGUCUGAGUCGAGAUCGACACAGGCCAUAGUCUGAUGAUUUUACAAUAAAAAUGAAAUUUCAAACUCGCGUGUAUAUAGUCUUACUAUACUUACUUAAAUGGUCGGAUAUGUGGGUUCAAAGAUAAGCUAUAUCGAGAAAUGAUUGUAUUCUUAUUCCCGUGUUGUAUAGAUUUCUUCAGAAAAGUACAACAGGAUUCAGUUUGUACCAGAGAUGUUUGCAUUGAGCACAGACAAGAGACAACAACCUGGUAAAGACGAAGAACCGUCAGACGGACAUGAUUCUAAAACGUCCAGAACUAGCUUGCAAGAAAUUGAAUUAGAACAACUUGAAAGAAAUGGACAGGAGCAACAAGUCUGAACUGUGGAGUUUCGAAAAUUUUACAGACAGCUUCAAAGAUUCGACGAAAUCGUAAUAAAAUGUAACGUAAUUUCAGGUGUGGUAAAGAACACUCUAUCCCAUGUUAUAUCUACACCUGACUCACUGUGAUACAGAUUGCUUCGUCUAAUUACGUCCUGAACCAAUAAAGACAGGAGGUCGUGGUUUAAUAAUUUAAUGAGUGCAUGCAAUAGAUUACAAAGAGCUCAACAAAUUAUAUACUGCAGAGAAUUAAAAACAAAGAAAUGAUUAUUUGAUUUAUCGAAUUUUGAUUACAUUAUACAUUGACAAGGUAUAAGCAUCGAUCAUUGGUAUAUACACGUUUCACAGCGAUAGCUUAAGGUUACAGAACACCUUUGAGUGUUAAUUUUGCCGAAACAUUUUUUAUUGGUUUCUAUGAAAGCAUUAGACUAGUUCUAUACUAUCUGACCAAGUUUGAACGAAAAAUGUUGAAAACUCGCAGAGUUAUUUAAUAAAAUACAUUUCGCUGCAAUAAGAAAAACAUUGAAAAUGUAAUAUUCAAAUUCAAUUUUCUCCCGAAAAAGUUUACGGUAAUUACUGAUUUUCAAACGAGUUGUGCUCCUGCGGGUUUGAACCAAUUUUUCUCAAAUUUUCACAGGACAUAGCUAAAUUAAGUCGUCAGUUUCAAAAUUGUGUUCGGCUUUUUUUUUUAAAUUUUGGAUAUUUUAAAAAUAAAGAGCAAUUCACUCAAACAAUUCAGAAAUAUAUUGCAGUCGUCAAAGAAAUCGCCAUAUCAGCGGAAUGGCGAAAUAAACAAAAAUUUCCGAACACAAUUUUUUAGAACAACUAUUUUACUGUAUAAAAAUGAUACUUUCAUAAAUAUAACUUAAAACCAGCAGGAGUACAACUCAAAAGCGUAACGGUACCGCGACUUAAGAUUUUCCCGAGUAAUUCUUACAUUAUUUUAUUGUUUGUUAAUUUUACAACUUUACCAUAUUUUGCAUGCACUGGAGAACAUUUGGUGAAAAUUUGAUGAAAAUCGGAAUGAUAUUGAGCGCGCAGUAGCGAUUUUCCGCAAACCGCCAAAAAGGGUGUCCUGUAACCUUAAACAUACAGUAGAAAUUUAGAGAUCCAACAUUUGAGCACAUAUCACAAAAAUAGGAUUACAUAAUUAUAUACAACCUCGUUCCCAGCUUUUCCCUCUUGUAAAAAACCUGGAAACGAAGUUGGAUUAUAUGUCGAUUUACCACAAUCCUUUGUGAACGUUCCCACCAUGAUAACAAUUUAAUAUAUCCAGGGACUGCAUGUUAAUGACAAUUGGCGCUCAUUUGUAAUGACAAUCCACAAUCUAACCUAGAUUACAUUGUUUCACACUUUUCAACCAUUGUAAGAUUGCUUGGACACUGUAGCGUGUUGUGCAGUGUUCCUUGUGCAUGUGUCAAAAAUAGUUAAAGAAUAUCCUAAGACGUAAUGAUUUUGUUUCAAUCGUCUUCUCCUGAUAAAAGAUUUUGUUUUUCCCCACCAUCUUGUACACUGACUGACUGUAAUUCUCCAUGGCCUUCAUCAAUGUCGUCACUUGGAAAUUCAGGAAUAUUUUCAUUUUGUUUGUAUUUCUGAAAUGUUUUCUGCAUGAAACAAAAUACAAAAAAUUACAGUUUAAUAAUUACCGAAUGGUUGCGUUUUGCAGUUACAUAUAUAGAAUAGUUGCAAAAAUGUUAAAUUGCCUUU